AUGCCCUCCGACCAGACGAAGCAGUACAACUGCCAGAUUAAGGGCAUGAAGAAGGAGCAGUGCCACAACUUCAUCACCGCACUGCUGCCCAUUCAGUCGAACUACCGCGAGAAGCAGAUUCUCGUGUGCGGCACCAAUGCCUACUCGCCCGAGUGCGAGCUGAGGCCGCUCUCCUCGAUGGACACCAUCACCAGUCGCAGUGCGCCCAUCAACUCGUACAGUCCCAGCUGGAACACCACCUCACUGAUCACCACCACCGGGGAGUUCUUCUACGGCGGCCCGCUCGACCUGCGCGGCAUCGACUCCUCCAUCACCCGGCAGCAGAUCGCCCUGACGGCGGCCACGAAGAGCACCAAUCCGAAGGACAAGCGAAUCAUUCGCAGUGCACAGCAUGACUCCAAGUGGAUCAACUCUGACGCCAACUUUGUGCACAGCUUCGAGUAUCAGAGCCAUGUGUACUUUCUCUUCCGAGAGUCCGCCGUGGAGUAUCUGAACUGCGGCAAGCGCAUCUACUCUCGCAUCGGUCGAGUCUGCAAGAACGACCCUGGUAUGGCAAAAAGCGCAGUUUGGUCCACCUUUCUCAAGUCAAGACUCAAUUGCUCUAUUCCCGGCUUAUUUCCAUUUUACUUUGACGAAAUUCAGUCAGUCGACUUUGUGGAAAGCACCGGUUCGCCUACGCUUUACGCCAUAUUUAACACUCCUGAAAAUUCAAUUCACGGCUCAGCAGUGUGUGCCUUCAACAUUGACUCCAUCUUGGGCUCUUUUCAGGGCCCUUUCAAGUACCAAAAGUCCUCUAAUCAUAUCUGGGAGAGUACCAGCGACAAUCGGGAUGCCUUUGAAUGUGGCGCAACGAGCAAUCAGUCGAGCAGCACCUAUGGAUAUGGACUAAACUCGAAGACGUAUCAACUGAUGGACCGUGCUGUGCCCUCAAUCCUCGAACGACCAUAUGUGAUCUCUAAGACGGAGCAGUUUAAGUUCAUCGCGGCCGAUGUCCUCAAUUUGCGGUACCACGAUUCAGUUGAGGUGCUCUUUGUGGUCACUCGAGACGGAAAACUGAUGAAGUACGUCCGGUGGCCCACACUGACUGAGGCCUGCCUGGUGGAUGAAAUACAGCUAAUCAAUCCGAAAGAGGAUCAAAUCUUGUCGAUGAAAAUGCUCAAGGACACCCUGUCGCUGUACUUUGGCACUGAGAAAGAGGUCCUCCGCGUGCCCGUUCACCGGUGUCAUGUGUUCCACACAAAGGAGCGCUGCCUGGCCAGCGGUGACCCGUACUGUGGCUGGAGUGAGAGCAAGCUAAAGUGCACUAAAGCACCGGGCAGCAACUACAAAGCCGACGGCUGGAUUCAGCCAGCAUCGCCGCAGUGCUCCAACGAACACUGGGGCAAGUGGUUCUCCUGCAAACAGCAUGACCGCUCAAUGAAUGAGUCAUGCAAGUGCAGAAAGCGACCGUGCUCAUCGACAAACAGUGACUCCUGUUCGGAUGGCUACGAGCUGGAGGUGGCCAACUGCACACAGAAUGGCGACUGGUCGGAGUGGUCUGAAUGGUCACAGUGCUCUCCAUCCUGUGGAAGUGGGCGUCGGUACCGCACCCGAGCCUGCACUAACCCGGCGCCGAUGUUCAAUGGACAACCGUGCCAGGGACCAAGCAGAGAGGAGCAAGCUUGCGUCGAUCUGCCGAGCUGCAACUGGACUCCCUGGAGUGAGUGGUCAAACUGCUCACAGGUGUGCACUCCUGAACUGAGGAGGAGAACACGUAAAUGCGUCGACUUUCAGGGCGCCAUGGUCGAUGAAAGCUUCUGCAUGGGCACCUACGUUGAGACCUCUGUCUGUGACAACUGCAAAAAGUCAGAGUGGACCAACUGGUUCAUCACCGAGAUCAAUGAUAAUGAGAUCAUUGAGCAGCGUAAUGAGGUCGCCUCACAUGAGAACAACAUCAUGCCGAAGAAUGAGAAGCGAGUCAUCACAAUGAAGUACUGCAGCAAGUGUGAAGGCUACACGUACAACUUCAAAGAACGAGACUAUUUAAUGUAA